AUAAGGCCUUGCAAAGCGAUCAGUAUUUCACAUUGAGAAGCGACUGAAGAAAAUCAGCAGGGAUGUCUGGAAGGGGAAAAGGAGGUAAAGGUCUCGGGAAAGGUGGCGCAAAACGACAUCGUAAGGUGCUUCGUGAUAACAUUCAGGGUAUCACUAAACCAGCUAUUCGCCGCCUCGCUCGUCGUGGUGGUGUGAAACGUAUAUCUGGUCUUAUCUACGAAGAAACCAGAGGAGUCCUCAAAGUGUUCUUGGAGAACGUCAUUCGCGAUGCAGUCACAUACACCGAGCACGCGAAACGAAAAACUGUUACGGCGAUGGACGUUGUGUAUGCCCUAAAACGUCAGGGGCGCACAUUGUAUGGUUUCGGAGGUUAGGUUGACCCGUAUCAAUAGUAAAUCAAAGGCUCUUUUAAGAGCCGCCCAUACAAUCUGUGGAAGAGUGCAUUUCCAUUGAUGCAUGUUACUUGUUAGCUAGUAGAACUAU